AAUUUAACUGUCAUCAGCAAACUUUGCACAAAGAUUGUAAGACGGGAUACCCAAAUCUAAUGCAAUUGGAUAUCAUAAUGCGGAUUAGAUUCAUUGCUACGAGUUUGAGAUCAACACCUUUCGAAAAAAUCAGAAAUUCAGAACAGGGCAAAUUUGCGAACACGUCUUGCACAUGUCGCUGCAUAAUCCAAUAUGGAACUCAGCUAAUCAGAGUAGCGUCGGUAGCGUUUCCAAGUAAUGGUUAUAAAUGGUAGUAAUUCAGAAGCUGCAGCGGUAAUCUUCACGGAUUUUAAACUUGAACUCAACAAUCACAGAAACAAUCCCCCUAUGGAAAGAGCCAUGCCAUCUUACUAUGAGGAACAAAUCCAUGACCGAAGUGCAAACGUUCAUUUACAACAACAGUACAACGGAAAUGCGAUGAUAACCUUAAACCUGAAUCUCAAGACCGUUGCCAACUGUUUCAACCGACUGGAAACUUCAGCUAACUGCAAACCGAAUGGAUUCGACAUGCUGAUUAGAUAGAAAGGGAAAAUGCAGCCACCAGAAUUAGUUCGUGGUUCAGAUACGAGUUUUACCUGUUCGAGAACACUGUCACCUUCGAUAUUGACGAUGCCUUUUCUACUGUUUCUGCUGCUUCUUGUGGGACUGAACCCGUCAGCUCUUUCGUUGGAGUGUAAAUCUUGCGAAUCGACCAUCGGAUGGGAUGACUGCCAGGCAAACGUUUUCCUGGAAGACUGUGCCAUCAUCAGCCCCAAUGAAACCGACCAGGUUCAUCAAUGUUUCCAGCUGGAGGAGAUAGAUGCUGCGACGAAUACGGUUCGGUAUCGGCAAGGUUGCACCGGGGACGCUACGUUCUGUACGGCACGCCCUCCCGGUAGCAUCAAACAGUGUUCCCUGUGUACCGAUGAUAGUAACUCCAGCGAGUGCACCUCGUUGGUGCAUCGUGUGCGAAAGACAUCAGAUGGAAAGUUGGUUGACGUGGUCGAUACGAUCCACUUCCAACGGACCGAAGCGGACGUAGAACCGGCUACAGCGGGACGGGCGGCAGCUAAUUCAUCGACCACGAUUGAUAUUGCCUCGCGGAAGAAUGACACCAACGAGUCGUUUUUGGUUAAAAUGAAGAAUGAGGAAACUCCCGAUCAGGACAAGACCCGCAUCAAGCUGACCAAGCUGGCGGACAGCCCGGUGAUCAACAUCACCACCAUCACCACAGCGGAGCCAAACAAGAGCACCACCGCGCGGAACCGCCCUUGUCAUCGGGAUUUCGAUCAUCCUUCUCGUUCUGGGGGAUCUAGUCCUACCGAAGCUGUUGAGGCUUCCACUACUAUUGGGCCGUAUGGUCCGAUAGUUGCAACGGGCCCACCUCCACCCAAAACGUCCGGAUCAUUUGGUUUGAAUAAAGGAGGUCAAAUUUGGGUAACAGGACUAUUGGUGAUCGUCAGUUGCCUCAAUCUUGCUGGGUAAAAGGAAACAAUUUAAUUUCAGUGCUGUAAGCCUGGGAUUAUUGAUGCGAUAAAUAAAAAGUUUCUAUCUUGA